CUUAAACGCAGCACCAGACUGUGACAUUAGAAGUGUUGGGCCGAUCCUACGUGGUCUAUCAGUUUUUAGAUUAAAAAAAAAAGAAAUUAGACAUCUUAACAGUAGCGGAGUGAGCUUUCUGCCGUGGCAAAGACAUUUCUUUGAAAUCUAUUUUCUACUUUAGCACCGUGCUGGACGGGGCUGCCAUAGAGGAUAUAUGUUCGGUAAAGGUGCGAAGCGGAAGCUGGAUGAGGAUGAAGAGGGGCUGGAAGGCAAAACGCUGGAGGCGCCGAUGGCGGGAGGGGGAAUAGGCCUCUGUCCGGAGGGCCUGUCCAAGGUGUCGUACACCCUGCAGCGGCAGACCAUCUUUAACAUCUCCCUGAUGAAGCUGUACAGCCAGCGGCCGCUCGGCGAGCCCAGCCUGGAGCGCCGCGUUCUAAUCAACAACAUGCUGCGACGCAUCCAGGAGGAGCUCAAGCAGGAAGGCUCCCUGCGGCCGCUGCUCUUGCCGCCCUCGCCGCCGCCCGACGACCCCAUGGACGAGGGUUACCGUGAGGCGCCGCCAUCCUUUGGUGUUUUGUCUGUGGCAGCACAGGUAUCCCAGCCUUCUGCCCUGUUGAUGCCGGUGAUCGUUCCACCACCUUCACCCCACCCAAUGGUGCCUCCCAACUGCCAGGCAUCCCAGGCCUGCUCAAACCGUGUGGAGGCCUGCCCCGCCCCUCUGGAAGCCUGCCUCACUCCAGCCUCUUUACUGGAGGAGGAUGGUGGAGAUCCAGCCUUUUGUACUCCAUCCCCACCCACUCCUCCACUGUCGCCUCCACCGGCGCAGCCUCCUCCAUUACCUUCGGCACUUCUGAGCCAGGUGUCCCCCGGGGUCCCUGUGUCCGCCUCGUCCAAUGACAGUUUCCCCUCUGCUCUGAGUGACAUGGAGUUGUGUCCUUCCACAGCCAUAACAAGGACAGCAGCAGCUAAUACUACGACCGUGACUACCUCCCCAGCUCCCACGCCACUCACCCAGCCCUCCCACUUAGCGGCCCUCUCCCCAGCACCCAGAGACUGCAGGACCAUGGGUGCUAAACCAGAGGCAGCUGGCGUCCUGCUUGCCGAAGCCCGCUGUGCCGAUCUCCGGCCGAUGGACACUUUACCCACACUCCCCCCUGUUGGCCUUGUAGACAUUUCUUCCUCUUCCUCCUCUUCCUCUCCCUCUGGGUUUCUCUCAGACUUGGCACUGGACGACGUCCUGUUUGCCGACAUCGACACGUCCAUGUAUGACUUUGAUCCCUGUACGACAGCAGGGGCUGUGGGCGCAGCGGCAGGUGGUGGACUCACCAAACUGUCGCCGGUGGUGACAGCGGACGACCUCCUCAAAUCGCUUGCGUCGCCAUACAGCGGCCCUGCCCCCCAGGUUUCAGCCAAUCAGCCUUUCAAAAUAGAUUUGACAGAACUGGACCACAUCAUGGAGGUGUUGGUGGGCUCGUGACUCGCCGACACCACCACCUCAGAAACACACAGACAGUUUCAUAUGGAGAAAAGACUGGAAUUAACCUUUGGGAUUGAUUUAAUUAUUUUCCUGGUUGUUGUUUUUAUGUUUUAAAAAAAACUCUUCAGAGGUCGGUAAUUGUAAACGUUGAUAGUGAUGUCAAUUAGUACUACUAUGACAACUACUACUACACAACACUGUGCAUGCACUGUGCUCGCCUUUCCAAAUAUGGAAACUAAGUAACCGGGAAACAAAGACACACAUACAUUUGUAUUUCUAUACUUGUGAGGACCUCCAUUGAUUCCAUUCAUUCCCUAAUCCUAAUUUAAACCUAAUCGUAGUUUUACUCUUUAACCUGAACCUAAGCCUUAAUCCUGAAAAAGUAACUGUACAUAGAAAAAACAAGGACCGGCAAAUUGUUCUCAUUCUGGAGGAUUUUUGCAAUCAUUCUAUCCUUGUGAGGACAUUUACUCCUCACAGGUAUAGUAAUACAAGUGAACACACAUAGACAUCACACACACAAACAAACUGAAUUCAUGGCUUUUAGCAGAUGAGUGCCUUUCAAAAUGACCACUUCUUCAAUUCCUGUUUUUACAGUAUUUGUCUUUUUUUCUAGUUCUUUUCACUUUAACAGCCUAGAGAGGUCAAUCCUCAAUUUUUGUUUUUAAUUUAUUAUAUUGUGUUAAAACUAUUAUUAAGAAAGGUAAUUUGUUAUGAUCAAAUAAUAAUUAUUUAAUCUUUAUCUUAUUAUAUAUGCUAUGUUUUAUUUGUAAAGCAAGCAUAAAAGGUUUUACAAGGAAUACAUUGUUUUGUCAGUGUGCUACAUUAUAUAUUAGCCUGUCAGUAUAAUCACGCUUUGGGAAUAGCUCUAAAACACAUUGCCUGGUUGUUUGUUAAACUCGUUUGGUUGAAGAAAAUGUCUGUUCUUAUACACAUCUUGUCUAUGAAUUCAGUUUAGGACUUUUUAUUUCUUUCUCUUCCUUAUUGGCAGGCAGGCACAUAUAACUGUGCUGGAUGCUUUUUUACAUGAGCUCACACUAUGGUCUAGUUAUCACGCUUCAUUUACAGCAGAAUUCAAAUGAGCUACAUCCACAGGAAAGCUUGAUGUGUUUACAUUGGAAGCAGCAGCUGCGCCACCACCAACUCUUGCCUCCCAGUUGGAUGUGGAUGAUCUGAAAAGUCCAACCUGAGCAGAGACUUUAGACUCUAAACACAUUUUUGUGGCUGAGGACUCAAGACAAAACAACUAUCACAGAUUGCAUAGAACCUCUCAGAAUCACACCAAGAAAAUUGAAUAUUUUAGAAAAUGCCUUAUUUUUGGUUUGGCUCCUACAGAAUCGGCACCACAAGUGACGGACAGAUUACUAACACAUACACACAAUUUGCAGAGUAUGUUUAUUUGUGAUUAGAAUAGGAGGCCUAUAUGCCACAUCUCAGGGUUCUGCUCUCUUCUGUGCAUUGUGUCAUACAGUUUUGAUGUUGACCCCAAAGCCCUGGUUUUAAACAUAUGAUAGUAGGAGAGCUAAAUUUGUCUUGUGAGGAAUUUGAAUGUGGAAACCCAGUGAAGUAGGAAACCCAAACCACAAUGUUGACCUGAUGCAACAAUGCAAAAUACUAAUUGUUUUAUAAACCCUACCCCCCUGCACAGCACAAGCCACUAUGCACGAUCUUUGACCCAAAAGACUAAAUGUGAUGGCUAAGUGUAGCACACACACACACACACACACACAGUUUUAGCAGUCAUGCUAUGUCCAUAUUUGAGCCUUUUAUAUUAUCUAUUGAAGCUAGAAAUAGUUUAGUCCUGUUUACACAAAUGUUGAUUACCUUUAAUAAUUAAGUUGAUGUUACUUUAACUAACUGUCCCAAUUCACAGAUUUAGCAAUUAACUGUGGUUUUCCACGUGAAAAUGGAAACACUAUAUGGAAGAGAUCUUUGGAGUAGAGGCAAUAGGCUGAAAAUAGCUGUGUCACAGUCUCCAAAAUGCACCUCCUCAGACUGCUGACCUUCAUUUAGAAACCACACAACAAGCUUUUGCAAGGUCACAGUGUCACAUAAUUUGCACAAAGCCCAUUCUGAAUGAGACCAACAUGUUGGCACCAGAACAGUUGUGUAAUAGUUGGUAGAUAAGGCCAGUAGUAGACACAGACAUUAGCAAAUCACAGACCUACCAUCUUUCCUUGUAAUGUAAAAGUCAUACUCUUCUUGCUGAAAUAUUCAGAAAGAAAGAAGCAGUGAGUCAGCAAAAGUCAGACUAACUCACCUUGCUUCUCAUAGCCAGACAAUGCAAUAAAAGUUGGUCUAAUUGGCUCAAAUAUAAAAAAUAAAAAAAAAGAUCCACCCUGGGAUACUUUUAUAUCACUGUCAUAUGUUCAAUGCGUUUACGGAUUUGCUGUGUGGUGAAGUGUUGUAAUUGUCUUGAGGCUACUCUGGGUGAAAUUGGAUUCUGCCUUCUCCGGAUUUUUAAAGGGGCUGUAUUGAUAUUCAGAA